UCUACGGCAUCCGAACAGGCGACGCUCUGCCUAUCCGGAGCCGAUUAUAACGCGUUCAUCCCCCGUUGCUAUAAGCUCGACGCGACACCGGCGUCUCCAGUGUGCCACAACCUGUUGAAUUCCGAAGAGUUACCCAUCCCGCGAAGAAGCUGACUUUUCGCCAAACUUUCCACGACCGAAUAAGAAAAGGGGUAGUUUGCAAGAACCACAAGAUGCGUGUUGCUUUCUACCUCAUCUAUGUGGCGCUUUUUGUCUCGGUAAGGUGCGAAGACAAUACGAACUUUGUGAGCAGGCUGCUGGAGCCAGUGAAUGUAGCUGCGGACCCGGAAACCAUCAACUAUAUUUUGCCGAAAUUAACUACCAAAUAUCGACCCAGCAGCGAUUGGAGGGGUGUUACCGAUCCAAGAUUUUACGUUCUUACCGAAAUGGACUCGAACGACAUCAACAACCCAGAAGAGGACAACAACAUAGUAGACACCGUGUACCUAAGAAGAAAGAAACAGGCCAGAGUAGGAGAAUCGGGGGGUUCAUUAUCAAUUGUAAAUUCGUUGGACGUUCUACGAAACCGACUGUUGCUAGAAAUCGCCAGGAAAAAGGCAAAGGAAGGCGCCAAUCGUAACAGGCAGCUGCUAAUGAACUUGGGCAAACGAUCAUUUCAACACAUCCCGAGUAUCUUCCUCCACAACGUAUAAGUCGUGAAUUAUAAAACGCAAUCCAUGAACAGGUAGAACAGAACCUUUUUGCAUUUAGACGGGUCUAGCUUCUAUCAAAAACGUAUACGAAUAAUUUGUAUCAAUACAAACUCGCAAUAUCAUUAAUAUUGAUUGAAAUCAUUAACAUUGAUUCCUCUUGCUCUUGAAUGUAAAAAAAAACACAAGAAAUAAUAGAAAUCUGUUCAUGCGUUGCUAGGAAAAAGUACAUGUUUACCAGGUGUUCAACGCUUUUGCCGAUUCACUCUUAGAUAUUUUGCAUUCGCCAAAGAGUUGGACACCACACUGGUCACAAAUUUUUAAUAAUUAUGAUAACCCUCUUGCCAAUAUGUGUAAAGACCUUGCAAGCAAAAAAUCCCCAAAACGCAAUGUACUGCACCAGAGAUUGGUUUCAUCUAGUCCCAAGUAGCCUAUAUAGUGAUCAAACAGUAAACACAUACAUCGCCAAAAUAUGACAAAAAUAAUGGAGUAUCAAUAAUUAUAUGUUUUUAGGAGCAUAAUCAAAAAAAGAGAAGUCAAUGAUUUUUUUUUCGAAAUUAAAUGAUGAGAACAUGUAAAAUCAGAAUUUUUCUAAACCAAUAGUUAAAACUAUCCUUUACUAAUAAUUUUUUUUGGCUUUCUUCGACGGUAAGAAAUAAAAGGAACAAGUUUUUAUUGUUUUGCCAGACUGGCUAAAAUAGCCAAAUGAAUUCGUAUUAUAAAAUUAAACCUUGUUAAUAUAUAUCUAAAGAACUCUACAUUUUUAAAUUUACUUAAAAAUAUUCAAAUAUUUUUUGGACUAAAAGGCCCUCUCCAUUUCUUGCUCAGGAACUGCAUUUUAAAUUUGACUAGCAUAUUUGCUUGUAUUUUCCCAGAGAUUUUCUAUAAACUUCCACAUUAACAAAGAGGUUAUUGUUUUACAUUAUAAAAAACCACAAGAAAAGACUAAGAAUGAAAAACAAAUUUGCAAAUGCGUACGGUUCAGUUACAAUCGGCAAUAAAACAGACGUCAAAAAGUUCUGACUACGAAAAACUGCACCAAAUAACAAAAUCUUUAAGUUUAAAUAAACCAAAUAAAGAAAAAAUUGUCUUAACGGAAACCUUGUACGUACUUUAUAUACACUUUUCUCGCGCAUUGUGCUCAUAAACUUUGUUCAACGAUUUUGCUGCUUGCUUAAUUUAAUUUCUCUGGAAUUCCUAUCGGGUAUUACUUUCCGUUAAGGUCCGAGCCAAAGUCAAAUCAAACUGCAAAUUCCGCUCCCUAACAAGAAGUGAUGUCAAUGUCAUGCAACGAAUGCAGAGAAAUAUCGCAAUAAAAUGAAUCCACUUUCAAUGCAGUCAGAGGGUUAUCAAGGACGCUCUAUCCGCUUAAACUGCAAACAAAAUUUACUUCUAUAUUUAUACUUUUUGUUUUUUUUAUAUUUAGAAAAACUAUUUGCUUGCAUUGUCUGAUAAAUUAAGAAUCAGUUGAAUUUAAUUGGUUUAAUUAACAAGUUGCCUCAGCUGUAUCAUUCAGUAAAAUAACUUUAUUAUGUUAUUCUUUUGUUCCACAAAUACUUACUAUAUUUUUUUAUACAAAAUAUAUUUUUAAUUAGGAAACUCGCAACGAUUAAUAGGUGAUUAGGGUUACAACUAAAUUUAAAUGACAGUUCUGAUACUUUGCGUAUAUAACAGCCACUACGUAUUUUAUCAAAAACCUUAGCAUCUCCAAAGCGUUCAUUUUGUACGUAGGUACAUAUGUCAAAAUUUUCAAUGUGACGCGCCCAAGGCGUAGUUAUACUUAGGAAUGGUGCCAAACUUCCGUGUUUACGCGCCUUGUUCGAUAAAAAACAAAAUCGGCAUACUUUAACUAAAAGCCAAAAUAAUGUAGCAUUUGUUUGCCAAAUAAACGUGCACUAGAAAGUAUACAGUAAUCAGUUUUAAGAAAAUAAAGUUACA